UUAAAUUUAGAUCCUCGAAGUACUAAAGCACGACCAGUCUUGAGUUUCAUUUGAACAUUCUUAAAAUUCGCAGUUCAAAAAAUAUCUAAUUAAAAAUCAGUUUUUUCGUGUUUAACUUAAAAGUUCAAAAGGGGAAAAAUGGCAAAUUUGAGGCAAUUCGUUUAUGACACUGUUGACAAAGUCGAGCGUACAUUCAAACCAGGACCUUCAGAUAAUAUUGAGGAAAUUAACAAAAGAAAAACUGUUAUUUAUGGAAUCGUUGGAUUUAUUGCUUUGUACCUUGCUUUUGGAUAUGCCGCUGAAAUUCUCUGCAAUGUUAUUGGAGUCGCUUAUCCAGCUUACAUUUCAAUGAAAGCUGUAGAGACACAAGACAAAACUGAUGACACUAAAUGGUUGACUUAUUGGGUCAUUUUCGCUGUUUUCUCAGUCAUUGAAUUCUUCUCGCUGUACAUUACGAAAUUUAUUCCAUUCUACUGGUUAUUGAAAUGUGUCUUCUUCAUCUGGUGCAUGGCCCCAAUUGAAAACAACGGAAGCGUCUUCAUGUACAUGAAAGUCAUCCGUCCAUACUUCUUGAAACAUGAGUCAACUGUAGAUAAUCUUCUUAGCAAUGCUUCAGACAAGCUGAAGAAAGGAGCUGCAGACAUUUUAAAGAAGGGAAACUAAAAAAUUCAACAUAAACAAAAAUCAAAAAAAGUUAAAAUUUUCACGUUUUGUCGUGCAUUUUUGUUUCUUUUGUCCUUCUGCCUUUUCACCAUCCAUUAAGACAAGCUAAUUAUACUUGCACAAAAUUAAUGUCGUCAAUGUUGCAUGUUAACAAUCAUCACUAAAUUUUUUUAAAUCCAUUUUCAUUUUGAAAAGUGCUUUUGUAUGUUCGCGAAGGAUCUGCUUGACUCCAAGACAUUUUUUUUUUCAUCUUGUUCGAAUAAAUUGAAUUCAAUUUGAAUUAUAUUUGACAUUUUUUUAUUGCUAAGUAUAGUAAAAACUAAAUGACAUUGUCAAUUUUAUUGAGUUUCAGAGACUGAUACAGCCUCUUCCUUCUUUUCAGCUUCUGCCUUCUUUUCAGCUUCUUCUUUUGCUUUAUGAUAUCUUCUUUUCGACCAAGCAUCUUUAUAAGUUUUAGGAUAAAUAGGAAGAAGUCCUGAUAGUCCUAAAAGCUCAGCAACGCCUCUUGUCACAUGUGCACCAGAUCCAAGCCAAUAUCUAAUUCGUUCGUAGUUCAAUGAAACCAUUCUUUGGUUGAAUUGGUUUGGCAAGGGAUCAUAAGUUCCAACCUGUUCAAUAACCGGCUCCUGCACAUGUUUGCGACGCUAAAACAAUACAAUUUGAUAGAAAGGCCGAUUUGUGCAACCUUUUUUACAGAAUCUGAUAGAUUUUACUGAAUGUCUCCAGUAGCGACCUGUUCCUGACGCUGGCCAAAGUUUGUUAAUAUGUAAUCGCGACAAUGCAUCCAAACCGGUCUUAACAGACAUUAUUAUUUAUUAUGUUUUAAUAAUUAUCUUUAAAACUGCUACAAAUAUUUAUUUUUAUUAUUUGUAGGUGUACAAAAAUGUUU